AUUUUUUUUGUAAACCUUAUCGCAAUUAUAUAAUUAAAUCCAUCAAUGGUCAGUUGAUGUUGCUAUAUAAAGACGUGCAAGGGUGUUGCCAGAUCAGAAUUUUAAAAGAUGCUAUAUAGCAUGGAUCUGAAUGGAUGGAUGGAUGGUUUGGAUGGAGGCGAAAAGUUGCUAAAGUAAUUUGUUGAGUAUAGAAAAUUGUUACCAAUUGGCAUAUUUGUGACUGGAAAAGCUGCUAAACUUAGCACCCAAGUGUUGGUAAUACUGUAGGGUAGGACAACGGGUGUUGUGACGUCCCACCCCCUCGACCCCCGGCCUUCGCCUGGGACAUAUCGGCCCUCGAUUCGAGCUAAUUCGAUUUGAGUGGCCAUGUCAUCUUGAUCCGUUCCAGUUACGACGAGUUUCCAUACUGACACCGCUGUUCGGCAUCGAGUGUUAAAGCUAUUCUUUCAGUUUUAAAUAUUUCGCAUUCGCAUUUUUAAAUAUAUAUAUAUUUAAAAAUGCGAAUGACUAGCAGGCGUCCUAAACCUUGUUUGCGUCGAAUUGUCUUGGGGUAUGGGGUAGCACGUUAGAAAUCAUUUAGUCGUUUGGACAGCAGCGAGUGGACUACCAUACAAACAUAUUUAUGAAGAGGCGCACCCUGACUCGUAUUGUCAUAUUAUUAAAGGUUAGAUUUGACAAAUCAGCGCACCUUCGUGAAUCACACGAACUAUAUAUACCUUUUCGAAAAGCCCCGUGUUAAAGAAAGCAACAUAAAAAUGUAUGUUUAUGCUAAAAAAGCUAGAUUUUAGCUAAUAAAUUAUUACGCAUAAAGAAAGAUGCGUCAGUAUGAUAGCUUUUAUAUUAACAUCUGAUUCAACGUAAAAUAAUCUUGGGUAGGUUGUAACGGUUUACCGUUAUCUUUAAUUAAAAUCCUAUGAAAUAAAAAAAUACAACUAAAACCUAAAUAUAAUUAUAAAUUACUAUAAUACUAACUAAUACUCACUAUAUAUAUAUUGACAAAGAAAUCAUACAAAAACUCUAAAAAGUAAUAAACUACACAUAAUAAAUCUACGAACAAACGGAAUUGACGACUGCAUUUGCUAUUAGAUAAAACUAGAUGCGAAUACAAAGGACUACGUCACCCGCUCGCGAUAAGCGAUGUGCACUGGCCGGUUAAUGAGACACAUACGCGUCCGCGACAUUUCUACCACGGCUUUGACAGCGAAAGGUCAAAUUAACUAAAUCUAAAACGUCAUGAAGCGACAAAUUUUUAAUAUGGUGAAAUAAAAUCUAAAACUAAAUGUGUUAAGUUUAAGUUCCAGUAUUUCCCCAAAUAGGGGACCAAGUCUGGGGUUUCAAUUGGAACACACCGACCCCACUGCGCGUGCUCCCGUUCAGGUUCCGGAAGGUUCCGGCUGAGGAUCCGGAACCCUGCUGAUGACGGCCUCCUCUACAAGUGCGAAACCGUAGUGCAGGGAAGUGACCCCUAUCAAGGGCUUGUUUCCGACCUAACUGUGUAGUGCCAGCUCAGAAAAGACUCACGACCUUGUCCUUCUUUUAGUUAGUUUUUUUUGUUUUAAAUACAUCUUGUAAAUUUUACUCAGGUUAGUUUUCUUCCGUCUCACUCUGCAGUCUACCCUAAUUAUUGCGACGCUAAACGUCACAUUUGGCGCCCAUAUUGGUUAUUUUCUGAGCUGUGCACAAUUGAAGCAAGUCCUUGGCCUUUUUCUUUCCUUGGUUUUCAUUGGUGUUGGUGGCUUUCUAAUAUUGACACUUGUAAUUCAUUUAGUUUUUAAGUCUGAUUUGAGCAGUUGCUUGGUACGUGGUUGUCUGUUAUCACUUCACAUUGUUAUAGCACGUUUUUCUUGUUUGUAAAAAAAAAAUAUAGACGUUACACUUGGCUUAUACCUACUAAUUUAAAAUCAUUUUAAAUUCUAUCGUACCCUACAUUCCACUUACUUAGCAACUAAACUUAACUGCUUUCGAAUCAAUUGUAAUCAAAACACACACCUUUCACUUAAAAUUUAAACAUGUCGUACCCAAUUAAAAAUUUUUCACUACAAAAAGCUGAACUUGAAUAUGAGGUGAUUCUCAGAGGUGGUUCUACUGGUUCGGUACAAGACCUUCGAAGCCAGAUAAUAAAAUUGGCCAUACCUCCUGAGGACAUAUUGGAAUCCCAUUUAGAGCCUGCGGUUGACCUUGAUGCUGUUAAAGACAGUCUAACUAAGUCGCAAACCAUGCUAACAUCCCUCAAAUCUAAAUUUGAUAAGACUCUGUUCUUGCGUACCGAAAAUCUACUUCAUCACAUAUAUCACAGACUAAGACGUAUCUCGAGCGUCAGUGCCACGUUAAUCGACCAGCACAAAAAUAAUUGCACUAACUUUAACAAUCAAUACAAAGAAAUUACGGCGUUGAAGCCGGCAUCAACUUCAAAUGCAAAUGCAGUCUCAGUUUUAGAACCUGAAGCUACGGUGGUUCACUGUGAUCGUAAUCUAACCUCUGACUUAGCGAAGCUAAAGUACUCUGGAAAAGCCUGUGUUUUUUCCUUCAUUCAACGAGUUGAGGAAUUCGUAGAGGUUAGGAAUAUAUCAAAAGAUCGUAUAUUGAAAUUUGCAUACGAGAUUUUCACUGACGACGCGCUACAUUGGUUCCGUUGCAAUAAAGAAAGUUUUCAAAGUUGGGACGAUGUCGUCGUCCUAUUAAAAAAAGAUUUUAGUCCCAAAAAUUACGACUAUCGCCUAACUAAUGAAAUCAAAUCACGUACGCAAGGGGAACAAGAAAACAUAUCUAUUUACUUAUCUAUUAUGCAUGGCAUGUUCGCGCGAUUGGUUAAACCAUUGUCUGAGGAAGAAAAACUCGAAAUUAUCUUACACAACAUUCGGCCAUGUUAUGCAAGCACCCUAGCCGCUUCGCCUGAGAUCAAGGACCUGAAGACUUUAAAAAACCUUUGCUCAAACUAUGAGGACAUUCAGUCACGUUUAUCCUUGUUUCAUGAACCGCCUAGGGUGACUUCUGAAACUCUGGCCCCAGAGUUUGCUUACACUAAAUAUCAUAAAAAUAAUAACUACUAUACAAAUAAAAAUUACCAAAAUACUAAUUCAAAUGAAAAACAGAAAAACUAUUAUAACCAAAACAAAUAUCCUAACUACUCGGGUUCUUACAACUACAACAAAUGUAAACCUGAAGAAAAACCUACGACUACUAAUGCUGUUCAAGCGACAGCAAGUACUUCAAAUCUUGUCAACGCUUCUAGUAACUUGCGUAAGUACUGCCCUAGGUGUCGCACUGAUACACACUCUUUGAAAGAAUGUAAACAACCACACUUCCCUAUCUGUUUUAAAUGUGGUGACAAAGGUGUACGUUAUCCGGAUUGUAAAUCUUGUAACCCUAAAAAUGCAAAAAACUAAAUUUAGUGGAUUGUAGUGCACAUAAAUCUCCCAACAAAUCUAGUGAAUAUUUUGAUGAUGCAGAGUGGAAAACGUGGCUCAGUUUUAUAUCUACGUUUUUCACUUGCUAUUCAGUCACUGCAAUCCACGAUUCAGAUAAUCUACAUAGCAGACCAUAUGUCUCAGUUCAGAUCAAUGGUAGAACUAUUCAUGGUUUGUUAGAUACGGGUAGUGGUUAUACAAUUCUAGGCAAUAACUACCACAAAGUUUUAUUGGAUGCGGGUUUCAAAUUCGACAGUACGGAUACGCUUAAUUUAUACGCAGCUGGCAAACAUAGAUUAAACAAUAUCGGUAUGAUCAAUCUGCCUGUCUCGUUCUUAGAUCAAACCCACAUCUUGAAGGCCUACGUUGUACCAGAGGUUGAGAACUCCUUGAUAUUAGGUAUGGAUUUCUGGAGAAUAUUCGAAUUGUUUCCUAAAAAUCUAGAUUCAGUAAUUUUGCCUAGGGAUGUUGAUCAAUUAAAUUCUCUGUCACUAGAUGCUCAACCUACGCACUUAUGUGACUAUGACCAUCUUUCACCUGAGCAAAAGGUUACGGCUGAUCAUAUCACAGCUCAGUUUCGUGACAUUUCAUAUGAAGAGCGUGGUUUAGGGCGCACUUCUCUAAUUACUCACAAUAUAGAUACCGGUAAUGCUGUUCCUGUUCGACAGAGAUACUAUAGAAUGUCUCCUGAAAAACAGAGAGUACUAAACACUCAACUUGAUGAAAUGUUACGUGAGAACGUGGUAGAGCCUUGCGAGAGCCCUUGGUCGUCCCCAGUUCUAUUGACACCUAAAAAAAAUGGCGAAAUGAGAUUCUGCUUAGAUAGCCGUAAAUUGAACGCAGUUACUAUCAAAGAUGCUUACAGUAUCCCUUACAUUUCAGAGAUUCUUGAUAACUUGCGUGACGCGAAGUAUCUCUCUAGUUUAGACUUGUCAAAGAGCUUUUGGCAAAUCCCUAUUAAGACAGAAGAUCGGUGUAAAACGGCGUUUUAUAUUCCUUCGCGUGGUACCUUUCAGUUUGUUUCUAUGCCUUUUGGCUUAACCAAUGCUCCAGCAACGCAACAACGAUUGGUUGAUAUGUUGUUCUAUGGGCCUGAUUUUGAGCAUAAAGUUUUUGUAUACAUCGACGACAUUAUCAUUGUCUCAUCGACCUUUGAAGAACAUAUCUCCCUACUUGUUCGAGUUCUAGAGAAGCUUAAAAUGGCAAACUUAACCAUUGGAUACCAAAAGUGCCAGUUCUUCAGAAAUAAACUGUCUUAUUUAGGCUAUGUGGUUGAUAGAAAUGGACUACAACCGAACCCGGAAAAAAUUGAGGCAGUUAUUAACUAUCCAACGCCUACUAACCGCAAGGAAGUUCGUCGGUUUAUUGGAACGGCAUCAUGGUAUCGUCGUUUCAUUCCAAAUUUUAGUUCUAUAGCUUCACCCCUAAAUAAACUUACUUCCCAAGCUAAAAACUCACCCCCAUUUAAUUGGUCUACCGAUGCUGAAAAUGCUUUCCGUACGCUAAAGGAAGCUUUAAUAUCUUCCCCUAUAUUAUCGUGCCCGGAUUAUACGCAGUCUUUCCAAGUACAUACGGAUGCGAGUGAUUACGGCGUGGGUGCGGUCCUGACACAAUUCAUAGACAAUCAAGAGAAAGUUAUAGCGUACAUGAGUAAGUCUCUCUCUAGCCAAGAGCGUAACUACAGCGCAACGGAACGAGAGGCACUUGCAGUACUUACAGCGAUUGAACACUGGAGGUGCUACUUAGAGAACGGCAAAAAGUUCGUGGUGUAUACCGAUCACUCGUCCCUCAAGUGGUUUUUAAACCUAAACAAUCCUACGGGCCGUUUAGCUCGUUGGGGAGUUCGCAUGUCCUCAUUCAACUUUGAUAUCAAGCAUCGUCGUGGUUCGGAAAAUGUAGUACCAGAUAGUCUCUCCCGUUCUGUUGCUAUUGCCGAGAUUGAAGAGAUCCCAAUAGGUCGUGACAUGUUUUAUUCUACGAGUGACCCAUGGUAUCUAAAUAUUUACAAUGGUUGCCAAAACACUCCUACUUCAUUUUUAAAUUACAAAGUGACUAACGGUAGACUAUUUAGGUUUAAAAAAAGUUUAAAUCCUUUAACCCGUGAAUUUGAGUGGAAAGAAGUAAUCCCUCUCGAAUUUAGACUCGACAUUAUAGUUAAAAACCAUUCAGAACCUACCGCUGCCCACUUGGGCAUAUAUAAAACACAUAAACGACUUUCUUUAAACUACUUCUGGCCCGAUAUGCAUCACGAUGUCGUUAAAUUCGUUUCAAGUUGUGAUACUUGCUGUGCUCACAAGCAUGCUACUCAUGCUACUCUUGGCAUUAUGGGCCGUCCUAAAGACUGCUCACGCCCUUUUCAAAUGUUGAGCAUGGAUCUUAUAGGUCCCCUACCCCCGUCGAGAAAACAGAACACCUUUAUAUUUGUCGUGACAUGUUGUUUCUCGAAGUAUUGUCUAUUAUUCCCAAUUCGUCGCGCAACCUCCGAGAUAAUAGCUAAGUUAAUCGAGGAAAAAGUUUUCUUAGUUCAUGGCGUGCCCAGCACUGUUCUUAUGGACAAUGGAAAACAGUUCACAAGCAACCUGUUAAAGAAGUUGUUUAAUGACUACAAUGUGCCUAAUGUAAAAUUUACGCCUAAAUAUACUCCGCAAGUGAACACAGUAGAACGUUAUAACAAAGUGAUCAUUACGGCAGUGUCAUCCUACAUUGAAAACGACCAUAGAUUCUGGGACUGCAACCUACCUAAAAUUCAAUUCGCUAUGAACACAGCUAGUAAUGAGGUGACAAAAUACAGUCCCUCAUUUCUCGUUCAUGGACGAGAGUUGGUCACUAGUGGCUUACAUUACAUUGACGCAGAACUAGGCGACGAAAUAAUAUUUACCCCUAGAGAUGAGUAUGCGGAGAAUCUGGGUAAUUUGCGAAAUUUUUUCGAUAAGGUUCAAUCCUCUCUAGUUCAAGCCCAUGCCAGGAAUAGUGAACACUAUAACUUGCGUCGUAAGGAUCAUAAUUUUAAAGUUGGUGAUACUAUUUGGAAAAAAACCUUCUACCUUAGCGACAAAAACAACAUGUAUUCCAAAAAACUUGCACCGAAAUACGUGCAAUGUAAAAUCGUUGCUAAAAAGUCUAACUUAGUAUACGAACUAGAAGACAUGCAAGGGAAUAAUAUAGGACACUGGCACAUCAAAGAUUUUAAGAUCACCAACUACAAAGUUUAAUAGGAUUACAUAAUUCCCUAUCAACGAUUUCUAUAUUAACCGUCUAAGUUUAUUCAUUGGCCUCAUGAUACGGAUUUACAAACGCUGGCACAUUCUCUAAUUACUCUAGCUGUUAGAUUACAUUAUUUCUACUUUAUAAACCACUACCGGUUUGUGAGUUCCAAGCCUAUCAAUAGGUUAUCAAAUCUUCUAAAGAGAUCUAAAAUAUACGGAAUAGCCAGCAUCAGUGUAUAAUAUCACUGAAGACACUGAGGUUAGUGAUUAAACUUAUUUAAGACCCAUUAAUAAAUACAUGAGAGUAUUAAUACAAUCGUAAGUAUAUUACUCAAUGUGCUAGGACGCAAAAACAUAUUUAGACAUGUUUAUUGCUUAUUUGGCUGUGUGAUGAAUGUAUGGAGAAGUGGUGUAUGUUUAGAUCGAAGCCUGAAUGAUAACUUGUGUAUCUAUUAAGUAGACAACAGAAAUAGCGGGUUUUCCUAGUAAAAACCCUAACCUAAAAAGAGGGGUAUGUAACGGUUUACCGUUAUCUUUAAUUAAAAUCCUAUGAAAUAAAAAAAUACAACUAAAACCUAAAUAUAAUUAUAAAUUACUAUAAUACUAACUAAUACUCACUAUAUAUAUAUUGACAAAGAAAUCAUACAAAAACUCUAAAAAGUAAUAAACUACACAUAAUAAAUCUACGAACAAACGGAAUUGACGACUGCAUUUGCUAUUAGAUAAAACUAGAUGCGAAUACAAAGGACUACGUCACCCGCUCGCGAUAAGCGAUGUGCACUGGCCGGUUAAUGAGACACAUACGCGUCCGCGACAUUUCUACCACGGCUUUGACAGCGAAAGGUCAAAUUAACUAAAUCUAAAACGUCAUGAAGCGACAAAUUUUUAAUAUGGUGAAAUAAAAUCUAAAACUAAAUGUGUUAAGUUUAAGUUCCAGUAUUUCCCCAAAUAGGGGACCAAGUCUGGGGUUUCAAUUGGAACACACCGACCCCACUGCGCGUGCUCCCGUUCAGGUUCCGGAAGGUUCCGGCUGAGGAUCCGGAACCCUGCUGAUGACGGCCUCCUCUACAAGUGCGAAACCGUAGUGCAGGGAAGUGACCCCUAUCAAGGGCUUGUUUCCGACCUAACUGUGUAGUGCCAGCUCAGAAAAGACUCACGACCUUGUCCUUCUUUUAGUUAGUUUUUUUUGUUUUAAAUACAUCUUGUAAAUUUUA